UAUUGCGAGCAGGACUUUGUACAUGUACAUCAACAGCAUUUGAACGUAUGUGAUUUGGCCAAGACUGACUGGGACCUAAAGGUCGUCCUUUGUUUAUGCUUACAUCCAAUUUGGGCUUCUUUGUGCUACGCCCAAACUCCUUGAAUGGCUGAAAACGCUUUGCCAUAGUGAUGAUCAAAAUACGACAAAAGAAACAAUUUAUUAAACACUUUAACGCUUUUCAUAUAACUUUUAUAAUUAUGCAUAUAAAAUAUCUUUUAAAUUCGCCAGAUUGAAAAAAAUAAGUUGACUUUUUAUAUAUCCCGGCAAAAUCAACAAUGGUGAAGAGGAUCUCAGUGUGAUGCCAUAUAAUUGUAUUUCUUUGCCGGAAAUUAUUUUUUGGGUAUUAAUUUAAAUUAACACUUCAUGUAAUCAUAUUUUAUAAGUUUUCAACAUAUAGCAAAUAAUAUAUGUACAUGUUAAUAAAUUUUGAUAAUUUUUUUAGAAGUAAGUUUAUUUUUAUAAAAAAAUAACGAAGCAACACCUGAUUCAUUAAGGUCGAUAUUUUUCCCCUUUCUUUCGUUGACAUUUAGCGUCUUCAAAACGAAGAUAAGACCAAAACAAACAUUUUUCCCACGUGCCUGCACUACCAUCUUCAUAAAAGUGCGUAUUUAAAAAUUUAAAUCUCUUUUUAUUAAGCAGGAAAUUUGUGUGCAGAGAUGUCUACUAAUAUUCAACGUCCACGAUUGUAUAUGGAUGAGCACAAGUUGAAACAGGAUCCGCAUGAUUAUGGGCUUGCCGACGAACCCUUCAGCUUAGAAGCGUUUAAGAAAAAAUUUCAAAUAGUUGUUGUAAAAUAUGAUGGGAAUGAAAUGGAAUUCGAUAUGAUCGGUGUUCAUCCAGGUAUAGCAAAUGCUUUUCGUCGUCUAAUGCUCAGUGAAGUGCCCAGUAUGGCUAUUGAAAAGGUGUACAUAUACAAUAAUACAUCAAUAAUGCAGGAUGAAGUGUUAGCCCAUCGUCUUGGUCUUAUACCACUUCGUGCAGAUCCACGUCGUUUUCUAUAUAAAACAGAGGAGAGUGGUGAUCAAGGAAAUGAACACGAUACUUUAGAAUUCGAAUUAAAAGUAAAGUGUACACGACGUAAAGAUGUAAAAGAUUCUUCAAAUUUCGACACAAUCUAUAAAAACCACAAAGUCUAUUCUGGUCAAAUAAAAUGGCUACCAAAAGGGAAACAAUCGCAAAUUUUCAGUGAAACAGAUGUGGGUUGUAUACACGACGAUAUACUGAUAAAUCAACUACGCCCUGGUCAUGAGUUAGACUUGCGACUAAUCGCUGUCAAAGGCAUUGGAAAAGAUCAUGCAAAGUUUUCACCUGUAGCCACGGCGUUCUACAGACUGUUACCUGAAAUCAAGUUAAAACGUAGAAUAGAAGGCAAAGAGGCAUUUCUUUUACAGAAAUGCUUUUCACCAGGUGUGAUUGGUAUUGAUGAAAAUGACUGUGCAUAUGUAAAAGAUGCCCGUUAUGAUACUUGUAGUCGCAACGUGUAUAGAUAUCCUCAAUUGGAAAACGCAGUAGCAAUGUCUCGAGUGCGCGAUCACUACAUUUUUAACGUUGAAUCCGUUGGAUCUCUUAAGCCUGACGUGAUUUUCAUCGAAGCAGUAAAAGUACUGAAAGAAAAAUGCCGGAAAUUUUUAGAAGAAAUUGAAGCAGCGUAGAUGAAAAAGAACUAUUUUUCUUACGUAACUAUUGGAAAAAUAACAAACAAUUAAAUGUUUUUAAAAUAUAUCGUGAAAUAAAAUUAAAUUAAAAAAAAA